AUGUGCAUCCAACGGCUAUCCAGAGUCAACGCGGAAACUACCAGGCCUCCACUCGUCCCCGUCCUCGAUUCCUCACGCGCGAGGCAAAAUAAACCGCGGGAAGAAAGCUUCGCGGGCGGGAACUCGCUCUGCGCCGUCGCCGCUGUGGGGAGGGAGGCAUGGGAGCUCCCGCGGCGGCCACCGGAUAAACGGCCUCCGCUCGUCUCUGACGGCGCCCUCGCUCCCCUACGACUCUUCCUCGUCCCGCUGUGCUGGCAGCUGUCCGUCGCGACCGGCCACCUCUGUCUGCUCCCUCCGCCCUCAUCCGGCGGCUCGCUUCACCCAUCUCUGGCUGGUCCCUCCGCCCGCAUCCAGCGGCUCGCUCCGCACCCUCCAACGCUCGUCGGCCACGGCGCCUGCCCGUGCAGCAGAAAACUGAACGCCAACUUCAGUUCAGACUCCAACAGGCAACAGAUGUAUGCUGCUCUUGCCUUGCGUCUGUCUCAUGGUCAGGGCGGACCAUCGGAGGGAGACGUCGAUUGGAGGGGGUCCGUCGUCGACAGCCGCUGGAACGGGCGGAGGUAGCCGCCCGAUUGGAGACCUUCAACGGCCGCGUUCAUGGUCUGUUUGCCGGAGCGGGGCGGGGAGGAGUGGGGGCAGAGCGGCAUGCCACCGUCGUUGGAGCUCCCUUCCCCACGGCGGCGACGGCGGCAGAGGAGUUCCCGCCCGCGAGCCAGUGGCGGUUUUUCUUUCCCGUGUUGCCUCGCGCGUGAGGACUCGAGGACGGGGACGAGUGGAGGCCUGGUAGUUUCUGCGUUGACUCUGGAUAGCCGUUGGAUGCACAUUGGACGUUGGAUUCCAGGCCUCAAGGCGCGUGGUGCCUUGACAGAGGCGAGGCACUGGAUCUCAGUCCACACGUGUGGCAGUUAUCGGUGUCCUAAUGUUAUGCAUGAAGUUGUCGGUCGGAGUAUGGACGAAGUUCUGAUUUUCAAACCGCCUGAUGUUGAUUUGCCACCGGAUUCUUCAAAAUCGCCGAAAUUUGCACCGUCCAACUACAGAACAUGACAUAAUAACUUUUGC